GCGCUCCGUUGCCCGGCAACGGGCGGGCGUGGGGACGGCGGCGCGCGCGGCUCCAGCGAGCCGCGGUGGGUGCGGGCCGGGGGCGCAGGCCGGGCCCUCGCGGGGACCCCCGCCCCGGGCUGCUCUCAGCCCCGCGCCCGCGCCCCGUGCAGCCCCGGGCGGCUCCGACAUGCAGGGCCAGCGGCAGCGGGGCGCCGCGCCCGGCCAGGCGACCCCUCCCCGCGGGAGCCCGAGCGACCCCGCCGCGGGAGCAGGCGACGUCUCCCUGCGCCCGGCUUCUGAAGAGCGCGGCGCGAGCAGGGCGCCCCGGGGGCGGGCAGGGGCAGGCGCGCAGCGGCUCUCCGGGGAGCGCCUCUCCCGGGCGCGCGAGGGCCCUUCCCCCUGCCCGGCCGGAGGCCCGGACCCCGCGGAGCCCGGCAGCGCCUGGGGGGAGUUUGAAGGCUUUCGGGACGCUUCGGUCCAGUCUGAGCAGUUCUCCCCAAGCUUUGAGCGCCCGGAGAGACCCCCGCGUCCUCAGCGGCAGACAGUGGCUUCUACCCAAAAGGAGCGCGGUGCUCGCCAGCCUGCCCAGCGCGGGCCUGGGGUGCCAGGAGCCGCGGGCAGCGCACCUCGUGAGGACACACCAGUCCCCCAGGCAACUGAGGGCGUCUCCCCCUUGAACCACAUCUUAGAAGCGCCCGGCUGGGAAUCUGGACGGCAGCUGUGCUCCGAGUCCCGCAGACUCUGGAGAGCCCUGCAGAGCACAGACGGCGCGUCGGCCUCUCGCUGCCUCUGGAGCGGGUCUCGCUGCCAGGAGAACCUGUUCCUUGUUCUCGGAAUAGAUGCUGCUCAGAAGAACCCUUCUGGAGACCUGGGUCACAUUUUGGAAUGUUCUGACCUCAAACUGUCUGAAGACCUGGGCGUGCCUGCCUUCUCUCUGCAGCCCUGCGGAGCCCUGAUUCAGACCAAGACUCAGGAGAAAGGAGCGCUGCCGCCGUCCAGGGCAGGCAGGGCACCACCAGGUGCUGGGAUGUGA